UGUUGGUUUGGUUUCCCGUGUGCUCUCUCACUCUUUCGCCAGACGCGUCCCCCAAAACCAGGUGCGCCCGAUUCCUUUCAUCGCCCCAUUCCAUUGCUUCAUCUCCGUCGCCCGCCCACCGUUCGCUUCUCCAAUCAUUCCUCCGCCUAUAAAAGCUUUUGGCCCGACGCCAGUCUCCGCCGCACACCAAAUCCAACCUUUCUCCCCGACAUCUUUCCUUUAUUGUACAGCGAAAACAGAGAGACGAGGUCGACGAAUCUGUACCGUAGUGGAAGAGAGAGCUGACGAAGGAGGUCGGAAGUGCCAAGAUCUCUUCUUUGUCCAACAUGGAGAUACCGAGUUUGUUCCGCUCAAAUGUCGAAGGAGAAGAAGAAAGCAUAGCAAGGACGAGGUUUCCUCCUGUCCGGAAGAUGCUCGUACUAAGUUCCCUCCUUUGAUUCAGAACCGAGAAGAACAGAGGAGGAGAAGGGAGAAGGUGCAUCCAUGGAGGUGUCAAGUUCGUGAUUUUAGGCGGGAACAGACGGAAGAGGAGGUGACAAGAGAGAAGCGGAAUGGGGAAGGAGGCGGAGGACGUCAGCAGAGAGAUGAGGAACCUUGUCUUGGGAAAGUACGAGAUGGGGCGCGUCCUGGGGAAAGGAACCUUCGCCAAGGUGUACCACGGUCGCGACCUCCACACCGGCGAGAGCGUCGCCAUUAAGGUCAUCCACAAGGACAAGAUCCGCCGGGAGGCUGGGAUGAUGGAGCAGAUCAAACGGGAGAUCUCAGUGUUGCGUCUGGUCCGCCACCCCAACGUGGUGGAGCUUCGGGAGGUGAUGGCCACCAAGUCCCGCAUCUUCUUCGUUAUGGAGUACGUCCGUGGCGGCGAGCUCUUUGCGCGCGUCGCCGACGGACCCCUACCAGAGGACCAGGCCCGCCGCUACUUCCGCCAGCUCAUCUCUGCCGUCCACUUCUGCCACAGCCGCGGCGUCUCCCACCGCGACCUCAAGCCGGAGAAUCUCCUGCUCGACCACAAUGGUGACCUCAAGGUCUCGGACUUCGGCUUGUCCGCGCUCCCAGAGCAGCUCCGCCAAGACGGGCUUCUCCACACCCAGUGCGGCACCCCGGCAUACGUUGCGCCGGAGGUCCUCCGCCGCCGGGGCUACGAUGGUGCCAAGGCCGACAUCUGGUCCUGCGGCGUCAUCCUCUACGUCCUCCUCGCCGGAUUCCUUCCCUUCCAAGACGAGAACUUGGUGCGUAUGUACCGCAAAGUGCUCAAGGCCGAGUACCAGAUCCCGCCGUGGUUCUCUGGCGACGCUUGUCGCCUCUUAUCCGGCCUCCUCGUCGCCGACCCGGAGAAGCGCAUCUCAAUCCCGGCCAUCAUGCAGCACCCGUGGCUCAAAAAGGGUACUCACCACAAGGAUCCCAACCCCGUCCCUCCUCCGCCGCAGGCGGAGCCGGCGGCAGUGGAAGAGGAGCAGAAGCAGGGGACACCGAGGUUCUAUAACGCGUUCGAGCUCAUCUCCUCCUUGUCGUCCGGAUUCGACCUGUCGAGCUUGUUCGAGAACCGGCGGCCGCCAGGGACGGCGUUCACGUCUCGUUUGCCGGCAGCGGCCAUCGUGGAUCGGCUGGAGAAGGUGGGACGGGCUCUGGGGUUCAGAGUCGAGAGGACGAAGCCGUACAAGGUGAAGAUGGAGAAGGAAGAGGAAGAGGGGUGGAAGGGGCGGCUGGGGGUGGUGGCGGAGGUUUUCGAGGUGGCGGCCGGGGUGGCAGUGGUGGAGUUCUCCAAAUCUUCAGGCGAAACCUCGGAGUACACCAAGUUCUGCGAGGCUGACAUCCGCCCAGGGCUGGAGGACAUCGUCUGGACGUGGCAGGGUGACGAUGCCGGCGGCACCACCAACACCGUCGAUGCUGCAGUGACCUGA